GCGGGGGCCUCGGGGCCUGGGCGAGACCUCGGCCGCGACCUGCAUCCCUUGACUGUUCUACGCGCGGGUGCUCCGCCUCUCGGUCCGCGUUUUCUCCCGGGUAGCUCCACCCAAUUGGACCCGGGCUGUGGCGGCAGAGAAGAUGCCGCAGUCCGAGUCUUGGAAGACCGCGAUCCUGGGCUGUCGGCGCCUGGGAAAUUGAAAAUGAUACUUCAGCUAUGCUAGGUCUAUAAUGGGAAGUGUCACAAUUCGAUAUUUUUGUUAUGGAUGCCUUUUUACAUCUGUGACUUGGACGGCUUUGCUCUUUGUUUAUUUCAACUUCAGUGAAGUGACUCAGCCACUUAAGAAUGUGCCCAUCAAGGGGUCUGGGCCCCAUGGACCAUUCCCCAAAAAAUUCUAUCCUCGUUUUACUCGAGGUCCCAGUCGAGUAUUUGAGCCACAGUUCAAAGCAAACAAGAUUGGUGACAUGGUAGAUAAUCAAAAUGAUGAUCCAGGAAAAGACAGCAUGAAAUUCUCCCCUGAAUUGGGUAUGAUUUUUAACAAACAUGAUCAGGAGUUGAGAGACUUGGGCUAUCAGAAACAUGCCUUUAAUAUGCUUAUUAGUAACCGCUUGGGCUACCAUAGAGAUGUGCCAGAUACAAGGAAUGCACUAUGUAAAGAAAAGUCUUACCCAACUGAUCUUCCAAUUGCUAGCAUUGUUGUUUGUUUCUACAAUGAAGCCUUCUCUGCCUUGCUGCGGACAGUGCACAGUGUCAUAGAUAGGACUCCAGCACAUCUUCUUCAUGAAAUUAUCCUAGUGGAUGAUGAUAGUGAUUUUGAUGAUUUGAAAGGAGAACUAGAUGAAUAUAUCCAAAAAUAUCUCCCUGGAAAAACUAAAGUAAUAAGAAAUAUGAAGCGUGAGGGAUUGAUUCGAGGAAGAAUGAUUGGAGCAGCACACGCCACAGGAGAAGUUCUUGUAUUCCUAGAUAGCCACUGUGAAGUGAAUGAAAUGUGGUUACAGCCCUUGCUGGCCGUGAUCCAGGAAGACCGUAAAACUGUGGUGUGCCCGGUGAUUGAUAUCAUCAGUGCUGAUACGCUCACGUACAGCUCAUCUCCUAUUGUACGAGGAGGAUUCAACUGGGGACUUCACUUUAAAUGGGAUCUUGUUCCUCUUCCUGAGUUAGAAGGACCAGAAGGAGCAACUGCACCAAUAAAGUCACCUACAAUGGCUGGAGGAUUGUUUGCCAUGAACAGACAAUAUUUUAAUGAACUUGGACAGUAUGACAGUGGCAUGGAUAUUUGGGGAGGAGAAAACUUGGAAAUAUCAUUUCGGAUUUGGAUGUGUGGAGGUAAGCUCUUCAUCAUCCCUUGCUCUAGAGUAGGACACAUUUUCCGGAAAAGACGACCAUAUGGAUCUCCUGAAGGCCAGGACACCAUGACACACAACUCUUUGAGGCUGGCACAUGUCUGGCUGGAUGAAUAUAAGCUCUAUCACCUCCAGACCAACAAAUGUCUGGUGGCACAAGGCCGCCCAAAUCAGAAGGGAGGCCUUGUAGUGCUUAAGGUGUGUGACUAUGGUGACCCAAAUCAGAUCUGGGUUUAUAAUGAAGAGCAUGAGUUGGUUUUGAAUAAUCUCCUUUGCCUGGAUAUGUCAGAGACUCGCUCAUCAGACCCACCACGACUCAUGAAGUGCCAUGGGUCAGGAGGAUCUCAACAAUGGACCUUUGGGAAGAAUAAUCGGCUCUACCAGGUGUCAGUUGGACAGUGCCUGAAGGUUGUUGAUCCACUGAGUAAGAAAGGCUCUGUUGCUAUGGCAAUUUGUGAUGACUCCUCCUCACAACGGUGGCAUUUGGAAGAUUGAGGUGGAGACUUCAGACUAGAAUGGUGUGAGUCCCUAGGCUUUGCCUCCUCUGUAAAAUGUGGCACCUUACAAAGAAUAUUGAUGGUACAAGAAAAUCCUGAACUGAUUUCCUAUUAUUUGGACAGAACUAUCUUUAAGAGGAUGAGCAUUUUUUUGUCCUAUGGAGAUGCUUGGGAAGAUUAGGAGAGGUGAGACAGCAAAUACAGUUGAGACCGGAGAACCGUGUUGCCAUCAGUAGAUGACGAAGUAAAUUUCACCAGAAUAUUAAUGUUGUUUCUGAGCUGCUAAGGAAUUUCUUGCUUAUAGAAUAUAAUUUCAACUUUAAACACUUGUUUUUGUAUAAAGAACCAAAUGCAGGAGAUUGGCAUUUCUGUACAAAAUCAUUUGUUUCUUUUUAAUCCCUUUUAAUGAUGGAAUGGCAUUUGGGGGGAAAAUUGUCAUGCUUAGAAGAAGUCAUAGGAGACGUUAUAUUUUUUACUUACUAUAUUAUCAUUGGUUUACUAUGUCCUAAAUAAUAGAUAAUUUAAAAAGCCUUACUGAAUCCAUGUUACUUUUAACUUCAGAAAGCAUCUGUAA